AUGGAUUUCUCCAUUUCCCAGUUCACUGGGGAGGCGGGCAUCUCGGAAGCUAAGGCCUCACCAUUAGCAUUGGUAAAGAAUGAUUUUGCUAACACUGAUGCUGGAAUCAACUAUACGUCCACCACUGAGGCUGCUGAGCUCUUUCGACAUCUGCCUACUAAUAUGUACACUAAUAUCGUGUCCAGCUACCCUCGAUCUGAGGCCUUUUCGCGAACUUGUUUUCCAUGCGCUCAUAUUAAUUCUAAUAUGACAACGACAACUUCGGGUGGAGUGUCUUUUUUCCCCUAUGUUGAAACGAUUGAUCAGCAGCCAUCACAAUUACAACACCGGCAACAACAAGUUGGAGAGGCUGAGCGUCUGAAACCGGUGUGUUCCGCCGACCAGAUGCCUCCUAGAUCGGGAAAUGAGCAGACCUGUUACUUUUCCACUGAAACACAGGAUUAUGUAACAGAAAACGAACAAAUGGUAAGUGCAAAUGAGGCUUACAAAUACGAGACUUUGAACAACUUCAAAGAUCCCGAUGAUGAGGAAGAGGUUCUUUCGACUCACAUGGAUGAAGCCUUGCCUGAUUGGACAACGGGUUCAGCCAUGAUAAACACGUCUGCUGAGGGCUUGGUGCACUCUACAGAGGUGUCUAGAACCUCCACGACUCAAACCUUCACUUCAGCAGCUGAACAAGAAGGUCUCUUAGAUUGCUCAAAUCGCAGCUCGGAUUCCAAGACCUAUGACGAAACUGGAGGCGACUAUUGUUCCACUGAUCAAAGUUUAGGUGUCUCUCAGGAUCAGCACCCCCAAGUCCAAAGUACCGAUCACUCCUUCCAAGAGUCAACCACGGUCUUCAUGACUCCUGGAAUCGCAAUUUCAGCCAAUCAGCAGCCAAACUAUCCACCAAAUAGAACUUGUACUCAGCCAAAUCUCAUGCCCCCAAUGUUGUCCUAUCGGUAUCUCUCUUCUGGUUUCACGGGCGAUCAAAAUACCACACCAAUGGAGGGAAUUGCCCCUCAAAACUUUGUGUUUACUAACCAAAAUGCCACAUCUAUUAACCCCUACACCGGUGACUUUGCCAAUCCCCAAGCUCUGGGAAUGUCUUCCGAGGUGAUAGAGGGUUCUAUCGACAAAGACCUCUUCGCCCACACGGACUCAGCAGGAUCGGUUGAAUCAUGGACAGGCUUUCAGAAGGGAAUGGUAGUCAAUGCUUUAGCUUCGCAAAGCCACAAUGAUCUUCAACUCAGUCAGAUGUCGGAUAAUGAGGAGUUGAACACCAAAGAGUUGGCACAGAGAGUGAGUGCCGAAUUGAAACGCUACAGCAUUCCACAGGCAGUCUUCGCACAGAGGGUGCUUUGCCGAAGUCAGGGCACCCUGUCUGACUUGCUCAGGAACCCAAAACCAUGGAGUAAGCUAAAGUCGGGCAGAGAGACCUUCAGGCGCAUGUGGAAGUGGUUGCAGGAGCCGGAGUACCAGCGAAUGUCAGCACUCCGAUUAGCUGGAAAGUAUCUGCAAAACUCAACAAGCAAACGAAAGGAUCAUGAACUUAUGACCGGUUUGGGAAAUGAGGAGAUUCGGGUUAUUAAAAAACCGCGACUUGUCUUCACUGAUAUCCAACGUCGUACUCUUCAUGCCAUAUUUAAGGAGACCAAACGCCCCAGCAAAGAGAUGCAGGCAACAAUUGCACAUCAGUUGGGGUUGGAGAUUUCCACGGUUGCCAACUUCUUUAUGAAUGCAAGGCGACGCUCUCUGGAGAAAUGGCAAGAUGGUGGGGACAGCAAAAACUCCUCCGUCAUUGAUUCCCCAUCUCCACAGUCCUCUACAGAUCCCUCUGAAAGUCUUGCUGUAAGUACUGAGGACUCCACAUCGAUUGCCCAUCUUGGUGGUGGCGCCUAUCCUCCGUCUGGACUUGCAACCGCCAGUUAUCCCAGCACCGAUCAGACCUCGCUUUAUGCUGCAGUCUCUAUGGUGUCGUGUCAGGCUUCAAAUCAAGUGUAUGUGCAACAGCCGGACUAUUCCUUUGCUCCGAGCCAGCAGAACUUUCUUUCACCGUCAAGCCAGCAGCGAUUCCAUCCCUACACAAAGACGAGGGGUCCCACCAACUUUCAGUCCCAGUACUUUGGGUCUUAUCAACAAGAGCAGCAACCAUCUACACUGUCAUCACCACCACCAUCGCAAAUGGUGCUUCACCAUCCAUCUCGGCAAACGCAACCACCACCAUCAUCAUCAUCACAACAACAACAUCAACAACACCAACAACAGUCGAGUUCUCUAUUUGAUCUGCGUCGUCUCGCAUCGGCUUCUCAACUGGACCCGCAUUUCCUGGCUACCGCAACAGAGUUGAGUGCAAGCCAUCAGUCAUUGCGCGACCAAGCCCUCGAAAUAUGCUCCAACAUGGCUGCAGCAGCAGCAGCUGCUGCCAACGCCAAGUUCAACGCGGUUCCCACCUCUACUGAGAGACAGUUUUUGAAACAGGAAGCAGAGACAAGUGCAGAACCAGAGGAGGACUACCUUGCCGACAGAUAA